CCAACCCAACCUAUUUGGAGGAUGACGCGCUCGAAUAGGAUAUCGAUGUUCAAUAGGAUCAGAGUCGUCAGAGGCAGGGGGAUUAGCAGCAGGGGCGGAGACAACCGGUGGAGGAGGAGCCUUGCGACGAGAAUAAACUAACAACGGAGGAGGAGAAGAAACCAAAGGAGGAGAAGCAUCUAGAGGUGAAGUAGGAGGAGAAGAUGAAACAAGCUCAGGAAGAACUGUGGAGAUGUACUCAUCAGACGGGACCUCAGAAGAAAACAGAUCAAUAUGAACUAAAUCAUCUUCGGAAACUAGAGUGGUGAGAGGAGGAAGUUAAAAGUAAGGUAGAAGUUCGAGAAAAGAAACAUGACGGGAUACAUAAAGACGACGGAAAACAGGGUCGUAACACCGAUAGCCUUUCUGAGUAAGACUAUAACCCAAAAAGACACAGAGGACAGACCAAACACUAAGUUUGGUCUUAUCUUUGCGGGGAAGAAGGACAAAACAGGCAGAACCAAACACACAAAGGAGGGAGUAGUUAAGAAUUUGGGAGAACAAAGCUUGAUAAGGAGACCGACCAGAAAAAAGGGGAGUAAGCAUGCGCUUGAGAGGUAAAGCAGCAGUAAGAACUACCUCCCGCAGAAUAGAGCCGGAACUGAGGCAGAGAGAAGAAGAGACCUAGCUGUCUCAAGGAGAUGAUAGUGUUCACGCUCGGCUCGACCAUUUUGGACAGGUGUACCUGUACAGGAAGUUUGGUGAAUGGUCCCAAAUUAGCCAAAUACUCACAGAACUCAUUUUUAAAAUAUUCCCUACCCAAGUCAGACCGUAACACUUUAAUUGUAGACCCAAAUUGAAUAAUAAUCAUAGACUAAAAGGUACGGUAUAUCUGAUAGAAAUCGGACUUAUGAGUUAUAAGAUAAACCCAAGUGUAACGGGUGUAGUCAUCAACAAAUGACACAUAGUAUGCAGAACCUCCUUUGGUGAGAACAGGAGAAAGGCCUCAAACAUCAGUAUGAACUAAAGAAAAUGGUGUAUCAGAUAUGGAAGUACUUUUAUGAAAAGGUAAGGCUGCCAUUUUGGCAAGUUUGCACCCUCGACAUUUAGUAAGUUCACUAGGAGAAACUUUACCUAAAAUAUCAGACUUAGCUAAAGACUAUAAGCAAUUAGCAAACAAAUGCUUUAAUCUAGAAUGCCACAAGCAAAAAGGAUUAGACCGAGAAUCUAACUGAAAAGAAGAAAAGGUAAUCGGAAAGGUUGCUAUAGGCAGAUGCAAGCUCUCCACCACAUAGACGUCUCCAACUCUACAGUUGGUCCCAAUCUGCUGCUUAGAUAUCUGAUCCUGCACAGAACUGAUAAAAGAAGAAAAGAUAACAUCAAAACCAAAGGUAUCAAGCUGACUGAUAGAUAAUAAACUGACAGAUAAUUGAGGAACAUAAAUGACAGAUGGAAUAAAGACAGCAGACGGUAGGACAGACCCCAACAAAUAUAAUAGAUAUACUAGACCCAUUAGCAGCAUUAAGAGUAAUAGGUAAGAGGGGGGGAAAUAUAAUUUUGAAGUAAGGAGAAAUGAAGAGUCAUAUGAUGAGAAGCACCAGAGUCAAAAAUCCAGACAGACGAAGAGAUACCUAAAGAAGACCCAAGCAAACUUGAAUGAAGUGAGGAAACAACCGAAGUAGAAGGGGAGGGAGACAAUAUAUGCUGAAGUUGACUAAUCAGUGUAUGUUAACGUUGACUAAUCUGAGCAGUCAAGAAAGCCAAGUCAGGAUCAGGAGCCAGAACAGAUGCAGUAGAACCGGUGAGAGGCCGAACGGUACUCAAAAGAGGAGCGCAGAACUUGAUCGGAAACUGGGGAGAAGACAAGCAAGACAGACAUCCCUUCUUGGGACAGUGAUAUUUCCAAUAGCUCCUCUGAUGGUAGAAGACAUACUCAUCUGAAACCAGAGACAUUAUAAUAACUAGAAAACUAAGGGGUUCAAGUGUAAUAAACCCAAAAUAGAGUAAAAUAGACAAGCAAGGAUCUAAACGUAAUAAAUCCAAAAAACAAUACUAGAUGGGUCAAUUACCCUGUGGGUCCAACCUAACCCCGAGAGAGAGAGAGAGAUACAGCACCAGUAAACAAGUCAGGGAAGGAGAUGUAUUUCUCGAAACUCGAUCCACUGAGAGGAAGGUUUUACGAACUCAAUACCAGCAAGAGAGAGAACUAGACUUUCGACUCAUUAGGGGACCUUCACGAGAGACAGUCUUCGUGAACCAAAGCGAGAGAGAUGUUGUGUGUGCUCCAGAAGUCGAACCCAGAUGUGUUGUCGAGACUCAUGAUCAUGUGUGCAGACGGAGACGAGGAUCGCGAGUCUAGAAAGAGGCAGUUCAAAUCAACAACUUCAGCAACUACUCAGAAGACCAGGUCGUCGAUGCAUAGAGGAAGAAGGGCUGAGACUUGCGAGACACAAGAUUCCAAAGUUUCAAUCACGCGAGGCGAGUCGAACACAGAGGUGCUUAUUACAAAGCAGAUGGGUCCAGAUGGGUGAGUCACGAACUGUGAUUUCGAUACAAGGAAGAGAACUUCAACCGAAGAGGUUAGAACCGAAGGCGACAACGAUGGCGCUAGGAUUUCACACACGACUCUGAUACCAUUGAUUAAAAAUCACCUCUCGAAGCAGCUUUGUUUAAGAAUGUUUCCUGAAAUAUCAAGUGUUGCCCGGAUUAUUGAAGUGGAAAACAUGAUAGAACCUGUAAAAGUCAAGCCUGACAAUUCUAUGGAAUGGGAAUGCCUGGAGAGGGAUCAUAGGGUCUAUUCAUUUUUAGCUCGAGGUCUUACCACUUCCUUGAGAAAAGAUUGCAUUUCAGAGGCCUUUGGUGCAUCUAGCACUGAUCAUUACCCUGAAGAAAGCAUUCAUAAUACUUUGGAACCAAGUGAUAUGGUUGAAGAUAGAGCUUCGUACUGGUCAAGUGUAGGUGAAAGUGAUCCCGCGGUUCCUGAGAUGUUGCUUUAUGAGUUGAUUUCAAAGUUGUGUAUUAUCUCUGAAAUCCAUAUACAGCCAUUCCAAGUGUAUUUUGAGUUAGGAUUUCCUAUAUAUUCAGCAAAGGCCGUGCGUUUUCGAAUGGGAUGUCCCAGAUCCCUGACGGAAAUAGGAAGUGACUCCUCAGAUGAGUCUGAUGCUGUCCAUGAAUCCGCUGACAACUUAUUUGAAUGGACAUAUACGUCACCCGAAUUUCCAAUGGCUCAGGAGAAUCGCUUGCAGAAAUUCAAGCUACCAGAACCUGUUCUUUGCAUUGGUGGAAUCCUGCAAAUAGAGCUUUUGGGUAGAGCACAGAGAGAAGAAAUUGAUGGUUUAUAUUAUAUAUGCAUCUCGCAUGUUCAAGCUGUCGGACGACCACUCUCCUUGGGAUUUGAUGUCGACAUUCAUGAUCCCAUGGGAAGAUGCACGUUGAAGUACUACCCAGGGGCAGCGUAAAUGAUUCUGAACACAUUACUCGGGAGUGGAGUGGUAAUAGAUGACAAUGAUUCUGAUGUUGACGAGUUUGUUGCUUAAUUACUAUAAUUAUUUUGCCUUAUGAUCUUUAUGCUGGUGGAUGGUAUUCGAUACUCUAUUUUGGAUACAUUGCUUAAAGCACUUCAUUUGAAGUCCCCCCGAGCACAACGAUCCAAUCGUGAUUCCUUAUGAAAUUUGCCUUUUGAAAUAU